GUGUAGCGCCUAUGAAUCGUUUAUACGGCGUCUUUGUUCACUGUUUAAGGAUGAAUAAAGUAUUCCUUUCCUCGCAAUAUUAAAAAAAAGCAAAAUCCAUAACAGAAAAACUAUGUAUCGUGUCUUAUAAAUAUAUUCUUAAAUGGCGCUAGGUAAUAUACAAGCGCCCCAGUGGCCUAAUGGAUAAGGCACUGGCCUCCUAAGCCAGGGAUUGUGGGUUCGAGUCCCAUCUGGGGUGGAGAACACUUUUCGUUUUUCCAUGGAGCACGCUGGUAAAUCAAUCUCUUCUUGUACAAUUAUUAUUUGAUGCAAAGUAAUGAAAAUAUACUGGCUGUUCACCGUUUUUGAUCUCCGUCGUGUUUAUUACAGCAAAAUCCAAUAUUUCCUUCUGCACCUCGAAAGUCAGCUGUUAUGUGGAAACAGAGCUCAGUUUUUUUCCAUCUUCUGCUGUGCUGUUUUAGCCUAGUGAACUAGACCAAAUUCUUGCUUUGCAAAGUUUAAUAAUACAUUUAUUUAGUCUGGCUCGCCAGGCUAGUGCUGUUUGGCUGCAUCGGUGCAACCUGUGGAAGACAUUUAUCAAAGAGAACAUUUAUCAAAAUGAAAACCUACCGUGAGUACUGUUUCCGGUUCAUUUUCACUUAUAUGAAAUUACUACAGAUACAUAUGUAUAAAAGCCUAUAUUAAUCUCGUACUUGUUUUUUAAUUUUAUGUCCACAAAUGUGUACUGAAUAAGGUGAACCUUGAAUGCUGUUAAAUCUAGCUUCAAAUAAAUAUACUUCAAAUCCAUACAAUUAAAAUUCUGUGAAUUUAUAAAUAAAAUUGUGUGACUAAAUUAUGAAUAAUAUCACAUACUCUAAAAUGCGUAUCAAGUCAAGGUGUAUCUUCCAUAUAGAAUAUUCUGUUGGUGUGGUGACCUUAUCUUACAUAAUGCAUGCUAUCUAACCUCAUCUGUGUCACCCUGUCCAUCCUCCCACAAUGGUGGAGCUCCAAGAGGCCACUGUGUACUGGAAUGCUACCCAAAAAAGUUUUAUCCUAAAGAAGGGGCUGAUGGAGAGAGAAGGGGUAUAUGGUUACUUUAAUGACACUCUGCUCCUCUCUAGUUGGGGCGUCUUGGCGAUCAAAGCAGGUUUUGGAGAGACUGCUCAGGAUGAUGUAGCCACUUUCUAUCUGGCUGACUACCUGGAAGGUUACCUCACUGCAGGACAGACAUUCAGUCAUUUUGCCAACAUGCACCCUCAGCUGAUAAAGGACGAAACGGUUUUAAAUCCCUUGAAAAACUUUCUGAGUAAGCAGGAGGAAUGGGCCAGAGUGAAACUAAGGAGAAACAGUGACUCCUUGUGGAGACACCUGGGACUGAUUUUGGCCCAGCUGGAUGGACUUCAUGCUGGAGCACAGUGGGCCAAAAGCAAGCACAGGGAGCAUCUUUCAUUGUUUGCAGUCCAGUUCCUGAGUGGUGUUGGUGACCUCCUGGACCUAGUCCCAGCUCUGACGCCUCGCUCCAACUCCUCCAUGGGGACCUUUAGGAUGCCAGGAAUGGGCCACUGCACCGCUCUCAUAAAGAUGCUGCCAGGCUUUGAGAACCUGCUGUUGGGCCAGUCCAGCUGGUACUCUUAUGCAGCCACCAAUCAGAUCUACAAACACUGGGACUUCAGGAUUUCUGACGCAGUCACUGGAAGGAUGUCAUUCAGCAGCUACCCUGCUGCACACACUCAAAACUGCUGCGUAAGGCGGUGGGCGAUAUGCAUGCAUACCUUCAGUGACCUUGUUUAUGGCUGGAGAGGUGGUGAGAGUGGAUAUCUGCUGAGGAAAGUCUCAGACUGCUCCUUUUAUACCCAGCCGGUGAUUGGAGCUGAAUGGCUGCAGCUGGGCAGCUCUCCGACACCGCCCACCUGCAGGAAAGAGAUAACAGCAGAUGUCUUAUUUAAACCAAGGCAAAGAGCUUUUACUGGCAUUAUGCUUUAUAGCUGGAUGCCUCGUGUUAUCCUGAGCCCUAAUCUUAGCCUGACCACCCCCUUCACCCUCAAAGGACUUACCGUGUCUGGUGAAGGUGCGUUCUCAGUUGAAGGCAUACAGUUCACGUGGCAUUAUCACUGUAGAUUUCCAAAGCUCAAAAUCCCUUUCUGUAUCUUUGGUGAUUUCAUAUUUGGCCAGGAUCACAUCUUUAACCUUCUCAUAAACACAAGAAUCAAUGUCCGUAAGCACAUAUGCACUUCGUGCUUUGCCUGUAAUGUUCAGUAUCAUCCUCUGGAGAAAGGGUGGCAUCUGCUCAUCAAUUCGACCUCUGUCACCAUUAAGGUCAUCAGAAACAUCGGAAUCAUCUUGAUGCUCAGACCUGAUGUCAAAGUCACCCCUCAGUUCCUUAACUUGGGUCUGCAGCAAAUUAUGUUGCAUACAUUUCCACCGCUGCUCCUGGCGUGCUUUACCAACUCCUCAUCUCUGGAAGCCUGGGAACGGAUGAGACUUAACCUGGCCUACUUCUACAUUCCCCACACACCUCACCUCUUCUCAGUGAAGACAUCAGCUUUUAUACAUCUCCCUAAUUGGGAUAAACCAUCACCUAAAACCUCAACACUAAAUAUCCACACGCCCUCGAGGACUAUUUUGCUCACACCUGCUGGGAGGAAACAGGAAAGUUAUAAGUAUAAGAUCAGUAGGUCUGUCCAGUAUUUAGGCGUGGCAGUGAUCCACUGUCACAAGGAGGGGCUGGGGACCAUGAGGACACAGAACAUGACAACAGGUUACUGGCCGUGUUACAACAUUUCCUUUCACGGUGAGAUCUACAAACUGAGUGGAUACAACGUGAUGUGGAAGAGAUUUGGAGAAGACUUUUCCUAUGACCUCUGUCCACGAGCGAAAAUCCUCCACAGGGAUCAGGCCAAGGUGUCAAACCUCAGCUCGCUCAAACACCUGAUGAGGUCCAACAACUGUAAAAGAGAUCCGUACUCCAAGGGCCAUCCAUGUAAAACCAUCUGUUGCCGUGACGACCUGAGACCAAGGAGACCACACCCCGGUGCUAUGACUCAAAGGUCAGACUCUAAAACAAAAGUGACAGACUAUCAGAUGGCUCUGCAGCUUGUUGCUGAGGCAAUAAGCGGUCCUACAACCUGGGGGCUGAACCCAUUCUCAUGGCAACCCUUCAAUCUUACAACCCAUUGGGGUCUCCCACACACCUACAGGUUUUCUUUUGUCAACAUGAGGCCUGCUCUGAGUCAACCAUGAGAGCAAAGACACAUCACAUCUGUUUAAAUCUUUAACAUGAUUACUCAGCCCAGCAUUAAUCAUAGUUCAUUUUGUCCAGAUGUCUAAUUAAGUUGGUUAAAAUAUGGCGUUAUAAUCUAAUUCAAAUGCAAUCAUAGCGCUGUACGAUUGAAGAGAGACGUUAGGGGGAGCUUUGCACCAGAGCUGCG